GAAUGGGACAGCGGACGACGAAAACCUCUCAGGAUUAAGCACGAGCCCCAUGCAACGGACCUGAAAGAAGAAUACUUCAACUAUUUCGUCGUCCUGGAAAAAAACCCAUAAAAUUGACUGUUUUUUUUUUUAAAGAAGCCUACAUGAAAUAGUUUCGCUGCUUCAAUCGGAAAGAUGAUUUCCCCGUGGGACAGAUGGUACACUACCAGCUGCUGCCUCUGUUGUCAUGUUCGGACGGGCACCAUUAUCCUGGGCAUUUGGUACAUGCUCAUCAAUGCAGUGGUUCUGUUAAUUUUGUUGUCUGCUCUCAAUGACCCAGUCCAGUACCACUACCACCUCACCAGUUCCGAGCUUGGCACAGAUUUUGAUGUGAUGGAUGAUGCAAACAUCUGCAUUGCUACUGCCAUCUCCCUGCUCAUGAUUCUCAUCUGUGGCAUGGCAACCUAUGGUGCUUAUAAGCAACAUGCUGCAUGGAUCAUUCCUUUCUUUUGCUACCAAAUCUUUGACUUUGCCCUUAACACUCUGGUAGCAAUAAGUGUUGUGGUUUAUCCUAACACUAUUCAGGACUACCUUCAGCAGCUGCCUGGGACUUUUCCAUACAAAGAGGACCUCAUGUCCACAAACAAUGUGUGCCUAGUUUUUGCAGUUCUCCUCUUCGUUGGCUGCAUCUUGGCCUUUAAGGCUUACCUGAUUGCCUGUGUGUGGAACUGCUACAGAUAUGUGAGUGGAAGAGGCACCACCGAGGUCCUGGUUUACGUCACCACUAAUGACACAACAGUCCUGCUGCCGCCCUACGAAGAGGUUGUCGCGAUUCCGCCGAAGGAACCCCCUCCUCAGUAUGUCUCAGCGUGAAAAAAAAAAAAAAAACGAAACAAAAAAAAGACAGUUUUCUUCUCCGACUUUCCUUCCCUCCCCUUAUUCGUCCUUGACCAUCUCCAAAGAAAGGACCUUCCUAUUACGACUGCCCAUCCUUUUACCCCUUCCCUUUCCUUGUUACUGUGUGAUGCUGGCCUCUCUUCUUCCCUGGAGCCAGCAGCAGUGUGACUUUGAGACGUCCUUUCCUCAGCAAGGCUGCCCAGCUGGCCUUCGGAAACGUAUCGCUGUGUGUCAGCUCCAAUUUGUUUUGCACUUUCAGUGAUUACCCGUAGCACUGGCCUCCCUUUUUAAAUACUGUGAAUUAUUCGGUACUGUUGUUAUCUACUAAAAAAAAACAAAACAAAAAAAAAACCAUACCUGAUCAUUUCAAUGCAGUGAGUGUGACAAACAUGAGGGUUAUAUUAGAGCACUUUUCAAAUGGCAAUUACCCAGGUAGCCACUGAAUGUAAUGACUGGGGUAUUUUCAUACGACUUUUUUUGUAUAAACUCUGUACUGUG